CUGUUCGCAUAUUCUGGAAACGGGCUUUGCCUUUGAGGGACUCGGUUCUCACUUCUGUACAAAUUCAGGGAGAGGAAGAGGAGGUAGAUUGAUGGAGAAAGUCUGACUUAGGAAAGUGAACUGAAGAGGAGUUUCUAACUGACAUCAUUGUAUUGACAACGGUAUUUUCUUUUAAUUUGCCGGCCCCUGAGGAAUACAGGGUGCUUCAGACACAGAAGUAGGAAACGCAGCAAGUGUCAGCGUGAGAUUUCUGCCCUUGGAGUGCUGAGUUGCGAACUUACGAGCAAGACCGCAAAGUUAUAAUUAAGAAAGACCUUCAACUUGCCCUUCUUCAGGAGAAACCUCGGAUGUCUCUCUGCAGCGACUAAACAUCCCUCAAAUUAAGGAGAAGGAUGUGAAGACAGAUGCAAUAGCUCCAGCUACUUGAGAGGAGCAGCAGCUUUGGAUUGCCGUGCACAGCUGGAGUGCACUAACAAACUGGAUGUUUUGGGGGGGGCUUUUAUUCAUCGGAAAUAGCACAGGGCUAUUAGUUUGGCUACAGUUAUUUUUGCAUGAAACACUGAAAAACGGACCAUUUCACACUUCUUAAAAAAAUUUUCAUCUGACCUGCUUAUGCGAGCAGCUGUGCCUCCUUUAUUCAUACUAGUCACACUGAGAGCAGGCUGAAAGCUGUGGUAAAAUGUCCGGUCUGCUGGGUGCAGCAUGCUAGGAACUGAGAGGGUCUCGCAGCUUCAUGCAGAAACUGUCUUGGCAUUUUCAGUCCAUUAAGUACAACUGAUUUUUCCUUUUUAUUUGUAGUAUAACCAGAUAUUGGUUUCUGAGGAAAAGCACAUAAAAUACAAAUAACCGAACUGCACCCAUUUCCAGCUCUUUAAAUCUGCGUCCUUUUUGUAUCUUUUUUUGGUAGCAUUUGAAUUUGACACAGAAAUUUAAUGUUCCAUUGACAUUUAAAAACAAAAUCAGAGUAUCUUUCAGUGCAUUAGAAGAGUGUAAUACUGAAGAGCUGAUUUUUUAUUUCCUUUGGUGAAUAACUUGGUGAAGACACAGGGACACGCACCCAUGUCUCAACGCCGCCUUUUAAGGGGAGGACAUGAAAGUCAUUUUAGGAUCCUACCAAGAUUCAUCCAAAUCCUUCAUGGCAGACGGCACUCACGAAAUAACCCACGCCAAAUAUGCUCUGAUGAAAUCAUGCAUCAGGAUAUCAUUCCCCUCUAUGCUGCAGAUAUUCAGGACCAGUUAAAGAAACAAUUUGCUUACCUGUCAGGUGGAAGAGGGGGAGAUGGAUGCCCUGUUAUCACCUUUCCAGACUAUCCAGCUUUCAGCGAGAUUCCCGAGAAGGAAUUCCAGAAUGUCCUGACCUACCUGACGAGCAUCCCAAGUUUACGAGAUGCUGGAAUUGGAUUUAUUCUUGUCAUAGAUCGCAGACAAGACAAAUGGACCUCUGUGAAAGCUUCCAUACUGCGGAUAGCAGCAUCUUUCCCGGGAAACCUGCAGCUAGUCCUUGUUCUGCGCCCAACGGGAUUUUUUCAUCGAGCUCUCUCAGACAUUGCUUUCAAGUUCAACAAAGAUGAGUUUAAAAUGAAAGUACCUAUCAUAAUGCUGGGCUCAGUAUCAGAACUGCAGGGUUACAUUGAUAAAACACAAUUAACAGAAGAUCUUGGUGGCACCCUGGAUUACUGCCAUAACAGAUGGCUGUCCCGUCGCACUGCUAUAGAAGGUUUCGCCCAAAAGGUUAAGCAAACAGCUCAGAUUCUUCAGUCCUUUGGGACUGAGCUGGCUGAAACAGAACUACCAAAUGAUGUGCAAUCAACCAGCUCCCUUCUUGCAGCACACACAGAAAAGAAGGACAAAAUGAAGGAGGAUAUCAGGUUAGCAGUAGAACAGGGAGACGAUAUCCUUGGAAGUAUUACAAAACCAGUUACUGAGAAUCCUGAAUAUAAACUGAAUCAAGAUCAGCUAGACAAUCAAACAACGGUAGAAAGGCUUCUGGCUCAAUUGCAUGAAACGGAGACUGCCUUUGAUGAGUUUUGGAUUAAGCAUCAGCAAAAACUUGAGCAGUGUCUGCACCUUCGGAAUUUUGAACAGAAUUUUAGAGAGGUCAAAGCAGCUUUGGGUAUUGUGUCUGAGAGACUGUCUGCUUUCACAGAUGUGGGAAACAGCUGUUCACAUGUGGAGCACAUUUUGAAAGAUCUUGCCAACUUUGAAGAAAAAUCACGUGAAACUAUAGCAAAAGCCAGAAUGCUAGCCUCAGAGGGUGAUGCUUUUAUUCAAAGCAAUCAUUAUGCUGUGGACUCCAUUAUUCCAAAAUGUGGUGAACUUCAUCAUCUCUGUGAUGCCCUCGCUGCUGAGACGGAACAGAGGAGGAAUCUUCUUAACAAAUCUCUAGAACUGCAUGGCUUACUAGAAAAGUCCAUGAAGUGGUGCGAUGAAGGAAUCUAUCUGCUGGCUUCGCAGCCAGUAGACAAGUGUCAGUCUCAGGAUGGUGCAGAAUCAGCCUUACAGGAGAUUGAGAAAUUUCUGGACACUGGUGUGGGCAAUAAAAUCAAGGAGUUGAAUAAAAUUUACAGAGAGUAUGCACACAUCCUCAAUGAGGACCUAAAGGAGCAUGUGCAAAAGGUUUUCCAGAAGCAAGAAAGUAUGGAAGAAAUGUUUCAAAAGAGACAAGUAAGUCUUAAGAAACUGGCAGCCAAGCAGACGCGUCCUGUUCAGCCAGUUGCACCAAGACCUGAAGCCUUUGUAAAAUCUCCUUGUACCUCUCCAGGUCUUCAAAGAGAAUACGUAUCCAACUCAGAGAGCAGUGCACUUCGGAGGGUAAACUACAGAAGAGGAAAGAGUGAAAUGACUGAACUCCAUCAAAGCAGAGGAGGCUCUACAAUGGAUGAUGAAGAAAACCUAGCUGUGUUACGACAGCAUGUAAUUAAUGAACUUAUUGAGACUGAACGAGCAUAUGUGGAAGAACUUCUCUGUGUUCUUGAGGGUUAUGCUGCAGAGAUGGACAACCCCUUAAUGGCUCAUCUCAUUUCACCAGAACUCCAAAAUAAGAAGGAUAUCUUGUUUGGGAAUAUGGAAGAAAUUUAUCACUUUCACAACAGAAUAUUCUUGAGAGAACUAGAAAACUACGUAGAAUACCCAGAACUAGUAGGACGGUGCUUUCUGGAUCAGAUGGAAGAUUUCCAGAUUUAUGAAAAAUACUGUCAAAAUAAACCUCGAUCUGAAAGUUUGUGGAGGCAGUUUUCAGAUUCUGUAUUCUUUCAGGAAUGUCAAAGGAAACUUGAUCACAAGCUCAGUUUGGACUCAUACUUGCUGAAACCCGUUCAAAGAAUAACCAAGUACCAAUUAUUGCUAAAGGAAAUGCUGAAGUACAGUAAGAACUGCGAAGGUGCUGAAGAUCUUCAGGAGGCAUUAACUUCUAUACUGGGUAUUCUCAAAGCGGUUAAUGAUUCUAUGCACCAGAUAGCCAUUACAGGCUAUGAUGGAAACUUGAAUGAGCUGGGCAAGCUUUUAAUGCAGGGAUCCUUCAAUGUCUGGACUGAUCAUAAAAAGGGUCACUCGAAGGUGAAAGAUUUGGCACGCUUCAAGCCAAUGCAGCGACACCUCUUCCUCCACGAGAAAGCAGUGCUGUUCUGUAAAAAGCGAGAAGAAAAUGGAGAGGGAUAUGAGAAAGCACCUUCUUACAGCUACAAACACUCCUUAAAUAUGGCAGCAGUUGGAAUAACAGAAAAUGUCAAAGGUGAUGCAAAAAAAUUUGAAAUCUGGUAUAAUGCAAGGGAAGAAGUUUACAUCAUACAGGCACCAACCCCUGAAGUUAAAGCUACUUGGGUAAAUGAAAUAAGAAAAGUGCUGACAAGUCAACUGCAGGCAUGCAGAGAAGCUAGUCAGCACAGGACACUAGAACAAACGCAGAGUUUACCUCUACCAGCAUCAUCUUGUACAAGUCCUUCACGGAACCACAUCAGAAACACCAAAAAAAUAGAGGAGAGAAAAGCUGAUCUCACAAGUCUAGAAGGUUAUGGCACCACAGUAGCACCAAAGUACCCUGAGAAAGGCAAAGAAACUCCAUCUCCUUCUGCUAAAAGCCAGACAUUGCCAUUGAUCCUUCUUACAGGACCAGCUUCUCCUACCAGUCCUGACAAAAAAGCUAAACGGCAUGAAGUAGUGAGUGAUCCAACUCCUUUUGGUUUAAGAGGUUGGGCUAAAACAGCUCAUUCUCUUGAUGCAUCUGAAGAAAAUGACGGCUGGUCUAGUGCUGAAGAUCCGCUGAAUUCAUCAGAUGCAGAGGAAGAAGGAGGAGGAGGGGGAGGCGAGAUGAAGCUGACUCCUGGUAAAUAUACAGUUGUGACUGAUUAUGAGAAAGGAGUUUCUGAAGAAUUUGCAGUGAAAAGUGGAGAUCUAGUUCAACUGAUUCGUGAAGGGGAGGAUGGACUUUGGUGUGUAAAGAACCUGAGCACUGGUAGAGAAGGUUGGAUCCCAGCUAACAAUUUGUUGAUGCUCAUAGGCAAUUCAAAAUCAGCUCAAUCUUUAAGCAGCUCUGAAUCAGGCACUGCCUCCAGCACUUUGAGCACAUCAUCAAGUUGCAGUGACAGCUGCAACGCCAGCAGCACCAGCUUCUCGGACAUUAAGGGCUAAUAUUACAUUUUCACCCCACCUGCAUGGAAGGUAAAUCCGGAGUUUGUCACUUUGUGCAGAGUUCUGGAUGUUGGACUCAAACGGAGAACCGCCAGUUCUGCAUUGCCAGCUUUGAGUAUUUUCACUGGUGAUUUUUACAGGUUCUCCCAGAAGAUCCCAAUGAAAAGUGCAUGGAAUGUGAAUUGUAAAUAAAAGUUAAACGAUUUGAAAUAGGGUCUUGUAGAGGCUCCUGCUCUGAAGUCUGAGCUGCAGAGCUGUUGGGGGGAAACACAUUUUCUCACUGGUAUGCAAUCAGGUUUCUGCAGAACUGUAUCAUUUUGUAACAGCCAGGAUCUGAAUGUGAGCAAACAAAAUGUGUUCAGUGCUAAAUCCUUAUUGUAAACUAAUAACAUAGCAAUCACUGUACAGGAUAGGUAUGAGGAAAAUAAAUCAGAGUUUACAAUUCCUCCUCCCCAAAAGCCCCUUUCUCCAAGGACAUACCUCGGUCAAUGCAGCGAACGGGACUCUUGCAGCAACCAGGAAGGAGGUUUGGUCCAGCCUUUUCUCUUCGCUUGGAUCUUCAGGAUAUUCUUCUGCUCCCUAGAGACUGGCUUGCAGACAUGACCAAUUCACUGACCACAACAGCAUCAAAAGAAAAUAUUAUUUUAUUCUUUCCAACCUUUUAAUAACAUGUGCAAUGGAGUAGCUGUUUUCUGAGGUAUUUUGACCUCACAACCAAAUUCUUUACCAAAAUCACUGUGUUUACAUAGCCAUGGCAAUUUAGCAGUAUCUUUUUCCUUGUGCAGGUGCACAAUGAAACACAAAUGUUCUUAUUCACUAAAUGAUUUCUUAAUAAAUGGUAACUGCGUGGCUACCUUCAGCUCUCACAAUUAACAUGCAGUUAGAGGCAGAGGAAACUAUUGUGGCUGCACUAUGGGUCAAGAGCCUUCCUUCAGACAAACCUAUGAGGGCUAGAAAUCAGACAUUUUUAGUCAAUAGUGUUUGUUGCAGGUUUAUUCAAAGAGAAAAAAGCAAUGACAUUUUCUAUAAAAGGGGGGCACGGGAGAAAAAACAACUUUAUUAGAGAAGAGGCAGGUUUAUGCUACAGACAAGUAUUUCAAUUUUUUUUUAAAAGAAAGGUGAUGCUAAACUUGCCAUGUUUCAAGUUAUGAUGUAAGCCAAUGUUGUAAAUUUUCACCUUGUCAGACGUUCUUUGCAUGUCCUCCUUACAAACCGUCCAAAACUGUGUGCAUGUAUGGAAUACUAUAUUCAUUCCUGUCCUUUUCUCAAAAAUUUUUACUUAUACGAAAAUAAGUUUUUAACUGAUUCAUGUACAAUAUGAAUUCAAUGUACACACUUAAAAAUAAGGUGGACAUUAAGAGCAUAAUUUUUCAGAAGCACUAAGCACAGCAGAUGAUGUCAACGGGAACUGCUGUUAAUCAUCAGCCCCUCUGAUGGCUGAGCCCUGAAGUCUGUCUUUAUGCCAGAAUUUUGUAUUUUAGAGGCUGCAGCUUAGGAAACUUAAACAACAAAUAUUCUAAAGAAUGAUCUUACUCCUGGGUUGCAAAAGCUACCCUACCCCAGACGCAAUCAAAAUGCAGCUGACCACGGUCAGUACAAAUUGAAACAUAUAUAUACACACACAUAUAUUUAUGCACCUAUGUGCAUGUAUGUGCUUGUGUGUAUAUGUGUGUGUGUAGAUAUGUAUAUGUGUGUAGAUAUAAUGUAUCAAUGUAAAAGAUGUAUUUAUAGUCUUCAUGCUGCUGAAUGUGUCACUUUACAAUUCAUAAAUACUUAAGUUUCUUGCAAUACUGCAAUAUAAAGGCCGAUCAGGGUUUUACUUCAGGCAUCUCUUCCAAUGCAGAAAUCCUCUGAUCUCUUUUUAAUUACCCCACAUAAUACUGUGCUGACUGGGAAUAUUUAGUCUGAUAUUUAACAAUGGAAUGGCAACAUGAGAUUCAGCUUCAUCUAUGUAAGUUAUUUUGUAAAUUAUCUGUAACAUAAUUUACUUAUAUAUUGCUGUCAUUGCUAGGAUGAGACUGUCCUUUCAUUUCUCACCGCAGGCUCAUUUGUGUUAUUUCAAUGGUUUUCUCCACAUCAUUGCACUUUAAUACAACCCAUUUCACCAUUUCCUUUUUUACUGCUGUUGUGAAUUAGAAGUUCAAACUCAGAGGUCUCUAUUGUAAUUAUGAAAAUUUGAAUAAAUCUCAGCGCUUCUUGCUGAAUGCCUUUAUAUCGA